AUGCAAGAACCACAUUCAACACCCGCUACCUCAUCUAAGCCUCGUCGCAGACCUGGUAGAGGUAAAAGACAUCAGCAGGAAUAUGGAAAUGAAUUUCAACAACAAUCUGAGCCUAUUGACAAUGAUUCGCGGCCAUUCUCCUUAAGAGGUCGUCCUCAGAAUAAGGGCAAAAACAAGGACCUCCAGAAUGGAGCCCGCGCGUUUUCAACCUUGAACACACUACGCAACGCUGCCUCAGCUACGGCGGCAGAGGCAGAAGUUCCUACAUCAGAUGGAGAUGCGGUAGAAACGCUCCCAAGUAUCCCUACGCCGGAAGAUACGCCGUUAUUUACCGACCUAGCAAAGGGCAACCUCAUUGAUCCCGUCUUGUUACAGACAAUCGCGGAGGAUUUAAACUUUAAACACAUGACACCGGUCCAAGCAGCCACUAUUUAUCCUCUCCUCAAAGAAAACUGCGAUAUGUUGGCACAAGCUAAAACUGGAACGGGAAAGACUAUCGCAUUCUUACUGCCUGCUAUCCAGAAGAUAAUCCAUAGACCUGAUCAUCUAAGAGGCUCGGUCUCUCUCCUUGUCAUCUCACCUACCAGAGAGCUAGCAAUGCAGAUCGCCAAGGAGGCACGCGCCUUGAUGCAACGUCUAAAGAAGUUCAAGGUGUGCAUCGCUAUCGGUGGUACGAACAAAAAUGAGGAGGAGAAAAGAAUCGCGGGAGGUUGCGAUAUCUUGGUAGCCACUCCUGGUCGACUCAACGAUCACCUUACCACGCCAGACAGCUCGGUUAAGCGCAGGCUACAGAGUGUUGAUACCUUGGUCUUAGAUGAAGCCGAUAGACUCCUUGACAUGGGCUUCAUCGACCCCAUAAAGAAGAUUAUCCAAUGCCUUCCUCCUAGGUCUUUCAAGCAGAGGCAGGGUAUGCUCUUCUCUGCCACCGUUCCCCAACGCGUGAAACAGGUGGCUAGCUUAGCCUUAUCCCAGGACUACAAGACCAUCUCUACCAUCAAUGAAGGCGAGCUUAACACACACGAGCGUGUUCCCCAGAAGCUCAUCGUAGCCAACACCUUUUCCGACGUAGGAGCUAUAUUGCUAAGUGCAUUGCGCCGAGAGCGCAAACAUGUUGGCCCCGAUACAUUCAAAGCUAUAGUGUUCGCACCGACAGCACGCCAGGCCGAUUUCUACGCACAAGUCCUAGAGAAAUGCCCUGGUUUACCUUCUAUUACCACCCUCCACUCUCGAAUGACGCAAUCCAAACGAACCAACAUCACAGCUGCGUUCCGCGAGGCGAAAAGCCAAAUCCUCGUCGCCACCGACGUUAUCGCUCGAGGCAUGGACUUUCCAUCAGUCACAAACGUCUUCCAAGUAGGUGUCCCCUCGGAUAAAGAAUCUUAUGUCCACCGGCUAGGACGAACUGCCCGUGCGGGCGCAGAAGGACGAGGCACUUUCAUUAUCACUUCACACGAACUUUACUUUCCAAAACGGAUAUUGAGCAAUAUCAAGUUCGAGGAGGAAGAAACAGCCGACGUCAGCGCCGCCGAGGAAUUCCUAAAGAUUGCCAAGAGUUUAGGCCCAGAAACCCAUGGAAAGACGUAUCAGGCAUGGCUAGGCUUUUAUAAAUCUCUCUGCAAACCGUUGGGCUGGGACGAUAAUCGACUGGUACGGGAAGCUAACAAACUGGCCCUAAAUGGCAUGGGCGCACCCGAAAUCCCGUCGUUACAGAAGAGCACGGUCGGAAAGAUGGGAUUGAAGGGCGUUUCGGGGCUUAACGUCCGUCCAAACGACCCUAAGGAGAAACGUGGGGGAGAUGGCGACAAUUCGGGUACGCAGGAUCUCAAACGGCCUCGAACCGGAGCAUAA